AUGAAGGCGCUUUUCCCACUGACGUUUCUUGUUUUUCUUAUCCCUCUUGCUCAUGCAGAAGAUAGACACUAUAGCAUAGGCAUUAGAGAAACUGCUUGGGACUAUGCAAUUACUGGUAGAAAUAUGCUCAAUGGAAAGGUUUUCUCAGAAGAUCAAACCUUUCACUCUGGACUAUAUCUACAAAGAGGUCCAGAUAGGAUAGGAUCUGUCUAUAAAAAGGCUUUAUAUUAUCAGUACACUGAUGAUACAUUUCAGACAAUGAUUGAAAAACCAUCCUGGUUGGGAUUUCUAGGUCCACUAUUGAAAGCAGAGACCGGAGACUACAUUUAUAUACAUACAAAAAAUUUUGCUUCAAGACCCUAUAGUAUUCAUCCUCAUGGACUCACCUACACUAAAGAAAAUGAAGGUGCUCUUUAUCCUGAUAAUAGCACAAGACUGCAAAAGGAAGAUGAUCAUGUGAAACCCGGAGAAGAUUAUACUUACAGGUGGUAUGUAGAUGAAAAUCAGGGACCUGGCCCCAGUGACUCUAAUUGUGUGAUAAGGCUUUACCACUCCCAUUUUGACACUGUCAAGGAUGUGGCUGCAGGACUUGUUGGACCAGUUUUGACUUGUAAAAAAGGGACACUGCAUGGAGACAUUCAGAUAAAUCUCGACAGGUCUUAUAUUCUGCUGUUUUCUACAGUUGAUGAAAAUAAUAGCUGGUAUAUAGAUGACAAUAUUAAUGCAUAUACUGAACCUGGCACAGUUAAUACAAGUGAUCCUGAGUUUCAAGAGAGCAAUAAAAUGCAUGCCAUCAAUGGAUAUAUGUAUGGAAACCUGCCCAAUCUCACCAUGUGUGAACAAGACAGAGUCAGCUGGUAUUUUCUUGGCAUGGGUGAUGUGUCUGACACACACCCCAUUUAUCUCCAUGGACAAACUCUAAUCUAUCGGAAUCACAGAAAGGACACAAUCACUGUAUUCCCCGCCUCAAUGGAAGAUGCCUUCAUGGUGGCCAAGGGCCCUGGAGAGUGGUUGUUGGGCUGUCCAAUAUACGAGAGUAUGCAGGCCUUUUUCAAUGUAAGGAAUUGCCAAAAUACUUCGACGAAUGUUACUGGAGAAAAUGUUAUUCAUUACUACAUUGCUGCUGAAGAAAUUCUUUGGAACUAUGCUCCAUCUGGUAUAGAUUUCUUCACUGGAAAAAAAUUAACAGCACCUGAAAGUGAAUCAAAACUAUAUUUUGAAGAAGGUGCUACCAGAAUUGGAGGAACUUACAAAAAAAUAGCUUACCUUGAAUACACAGAUGCUUCCUUCACGAAACAGAAAUCAAGAGAAGAACACCUUGGGAUCCUUGGCCCAGUCAUUAAGGCAGAAGUGGGACAGACCAUCCGAGUCACUUUCUAUAACAAUGCUUCACUGCCGCUCAGCAUUCAACCUCACGGGCUUCAUUAUAGCAAGAGCAAUGAGGGUUCGUUCUACCUAACACCUGGAGAAAGUAGCCCUGCUCCUUCCUCACAUGUAAAUCCUGGCACAACAUUUGUCUACACGUGGCAUGUUCCCACAAACGUGGGUCCCACCUCCACUGAUCCUGAUUGUUUGACCUGGAUAUAUUACUCCUCAAUGACGGAACAAAGAGACACCAGCAGUGGCCUCGUAGGACCUCUUCUCGUGUGCAGAAAUGGAAGUCUUGGAGAGGAUGGCAAACAGAAAGGAGUAGACAAAGAGUUUUACCUGCUUGCCACAAUAUUUGAUGAAAAUAAAAGUUAUCUCUUGGAUGAAAACAUCAGAACAUUUACCACACAGCCUGAAAACGUGGAUAAAGAGGAUCCAGACUUCCAAAACUCUAACAUGAUGUACUCCAUAAAUGGAUACAUGUAUGGAAACCUGCCUGGACUCGAUAUGUGUGUGGGAGACAAGGUUUCAUGGCACGUUCUUAGUGUGGGAUCAGAGUCAGAUUUACAUGGGAUAUAUUUUUCAGGAAACACCUUCACUUCCUUUGGAUCAAGGAUGGACACUGCUACUGUUGUUCCCCACAUCUCCCAGACACUUUCUAUGAUACCUGAUUCUUCAGGUAUUUUCAAUGUGGUUUGCAUGACAGCAGAGCACUAUCAAGGAGGCAUGAAACAUAAAUACCAAGUGAGGCGGUGUCCAAAGCCAAAUCCAGAUCAAACACACUACCAGGAGGUGAAAACCAUCUAUAUCGCAGCUGAGGAAAUCAUGUGGGACUUUGCUCCUAGCAAGAAAUGGAAGAAACAGCUGUAUAACUUGCAAAGAAAGAAUAAAACAAGCAUAUAUUUGAAUGGAACUGGAAUAUUUCUUGGGUCCAAAUACAAGAAAGUUGUAUACCGUCAAUAUGAUGAUAUAACAUUCACAAAUCAAACAAAAAGAAGUGAAGAUGAAAAGCAUCUGGAUAUACUAGGUCCAUUAAUAUUUCUCAACCCUGGUAAUAUACUCCGAAUUCUGUUUAAAAACAAAGCCUCAAGACCAUAUUCAAUCCACGCUCAUGGAGUGAGAACAAACUACUCUACUGUUGUUCCCACACAGCCAGGAGAAAUUCAAACAUACACCUGGCAGAUUCCUGAAAGAACUGGUCCUACUUCAAAUGACUUUGAGUGCAUACCUUGGGUUUACUAUUCAACUGUGGACUUCGUUAAGGAUCUUAACAGUGGACUAAUAGGGUCAUUAAUCAUAUGUCGCAAAAACACCAGACCCAGCAUAGUUCACCGUGUUCUCCUCUUCAUGAUUUUUAAUGAGAACAGGUCUUGGUACUUUGAAGAGAAUAUCAGCGCCUAUUCUUCUGAUCCAAACAACAUAGACAGGGAAGAUGAUGAUUUUGACCUCAGCAAUCAAAUGCACGCAAUUAAUGGAAGAGUGUUUGGAAAUAACCAAGGUCUGACGCUGCACGUUGGGGAUGAAGUGAAUUGGUAUUUGAUUGGUUUAGGAGGUGAAUUCGACCUACACACAGUUCAUUUUCAUGGCCACAGUUUUCAGUACACGGAUUUUGGAAUAUAUCGCUCUGAUGUUUACAAUCUGCCUCCUGGGACCUAUCAAACUGUAAAAAUGUUCCCAGUAGAUGUGGGAACCUGGUUAUUUCAUUGCCAUGUUAAUAGUCACAUUGAAGCUGGAAUGGAGAGCACUUACAGUGUAAUUGAAAGAGAAGAUUUCUGUAAAGUUUAA